AUGGCUAAUGUAUUGGCCGUUCCUCUUCCACCGUGCUCUGUUCCUGGGAGGCCAGGAAUGUCUGAUGUGGCGAUUAUGAUGCCGGCCACCGUGAAUGUCAACCGACUUGCGACUCACAAGCCCAAUCUGAAAGUUGGUUCGGUAUAUUCCCUAAUUGGUUCGAUUGACGUGUAUGUGAUGUUGAGUCUGUUUAACUUGCAAGCUAUAUCUUUUCACAACAAGCUUGAAGGUUUUCUUGGUGAGCCAAGAUUUGUUUUUGCGACAAGUAUCAACCCUGAUUGUAGGAGGCUGAUAUCCAAUGAUGCUGGGAUUAUUCAAGCAUCUUCAUUUCUGAGGGCCUACGCUAAGCUUGAACCUCUAACCAUAGCUAUGCUAAAUGAGUUCAUCAUCACUGUCCGGCCACAUGUUACAUAG